AUGCUGGCUUCGAGUGGUCGGCUUGAUCCACUGCUGCUUUCUGUGUGGCCACCGCCACCGGCAAAUCCUGCUGCCCGAGCUGACAUGCAUCGUGCGAGCAGGCUGGCAUCGCCGCUGAGCCACCGAACGGCAGCGCUCGUAGGCUGCCUGGGUGGCGCGCUCUUUGCUCGCCAUCACCCAAAGCAUGCCUGCACACUGCGACGGCUGGUGAGCACUGCGAACACGGUGCACCGGCGGAAAGCCAGGAGCCGGCUGGGUGGCCUCGCCGCCCUGUCCUCCGCUGCCACGGCCGUGCGGCCAAGCGAAGCCAUUGGAUGGCAAAGCCUGGCACACAUUUACUGCAUGAACUUGGACCAUCGUCCCGAGCGCUGGGAAUUCAUGCAGAAGCAGUUUCAGAAGCUUCGGAUGCCGGUUGAGCGCUUUAGUGCGGUCAAUGGCCGUGACUUAGACGUCCCGGAGCUCGCCAUGAAUGGCGUGAUUGCAAUGGAGGCGCUUCCCCGCUACUACCUCCCCGAUGAGCAGAAGCUAUUUGGCACUGAUCUCACUGCGGGAGGGAUUGGUUGCGCCCUGUCCCACAUGCUUAUCUGGAGGGACAUCAUCCAGAAGUGUGCUGAAGAUGGCGUGGAUCCACGGGCACCUUUCUUGGUUAUAGAGGACGACUGCGAGUUUGCGCAGGGCUUCUCAGAGGAAGUGCUUCUGGAGCGGCUAUCUCACGUGCCGCAGGAUUGGGAGAUCGUCUACCUUGGUGGGCAGGAUCUGCUCCGAAGGCAGCACUUGUACGAGGUUGGCCAGGGCGUCCGGCGGCUCUACAAGGGCUUUCGUGAGACCACAGCCUAUGUGAUCAACGAUGCUGGGGCCAAGGCGUGCUUAGAAGUGAGUGUGCCGCUGUACUGGCAGAUCGACACCCACAUGAAUGACGAGUCUUUACGAGAAGGUUUGAAGCCUCCAAAGCCGGGUCAUGCAGAUCACACAAUGCACCCCAGAGGUUAUUUCCUCUGGCCAGGAAUCGUGGCUCAGCAGCGUGACGGCUUUCCGACCGAUGUACAAAAGGUCGAGCAUGACUGA